AUGGAUGAGGGUCUACUCAAUGACCUGUUGGAGUGUUCAGUCUGUUUGGAGCGCCUGGACACAUCAUCGCGAGUCUUGCCAUGCCAACACACAUUCUGUCUCAAAUGUCUCAAGGUAAUAGUCGAAUCUCACAAAGAGCUACGAUGCCCCGAGUGUCGGGUCCUGGUAGAGGCAAAGGUGGAGGAACUGCCUCCCAACGUCCUCCUCAUGAGGAUCCUGGAGGGCAUGAAGAACUCCGCACCCAGGAAAGUCUCUGUGCAGAGAGUUAGGACUGCGCACGCGCAGGGCCAGGUACAAACACAGCCAUCGUCUCGAUCAGACAAGCAGGUGCCACCUCACGGGAGAGCUAUGUACGAUUAUAUCUCAAAGGAACCGGGUGACCUUUCGUUCAAGAAGGGAGAGACGAUUUUGCUGCAAAAGAAGUUGGACCCUUUCUGGUAUCACGGAGAGUGUUCUGGUCGCAGCGGAGUGUUCCCUAUCACCUAUUUGCAGGUGAUAGUGCCGUUGGCCGCGGCCCCCGCGUUGUGCAAAGCGCUGUACGACUUCCGGAUGUCCGCCCCGGACGAGGAGGGCUGUCUCGCUUUUGACAAGGGGGCUAUCAUCACGGUCCACCGGCGAGUGGACGAGAACUGGGCCGAGGGUCGCCUCGAGCAGCGAGUGGGCAUCUUCCCCAUCGCAUUCGUCGAACUCAACCAGGCCGCCUCUCACCUCAUGAACAGCAGUCCGAUAAAUCGCCCCGUCCCACCCGCUCCGGAGCACGUCAGAGCGGGACACUCGGAGCACCGGCAUCAGGCUCAGCACCCUCAUCGGUAUCAACAGAUGUCCGCGUCGACCCCCGCCUCGGCGCAGGGCAACUACCAGAACGUGGCCGACGCGACCCACGCCACCUCCCAAACGGCGACCCGGCCGUCCCAGACGUCGGGCCCGACGUCCGCCCGACGCGCCGCCAGCCCGAGGGUCGCGGAGCCCACUCGGGCCAAGUGCCUCCUCGACAUCGUCCACUUCACGAACGCGCACAAGGCGUUCGGGGUGCAGAGCGUGUCCCGCGUCGACGACAACUACGACAGGUUCGGGGCCAAGCUCGACAAUCACUCGAACGGGGCCGACGUCGCCUAUCAGAACGUCCGCGCCGAACGCUUUCCGGUCGCGGGCUUCAAUUCCAACUUGAGCUCGGACUCAAGCUCCAGCGCGAACACGCCGUCGUCGACGACCACGCCCAACACCAGCUCCGACACCAGCACCAGCGAGAGCGCCGAGCCCAGUCUGCCCGACUCGCCCGACGACGACGCCGAGAGGAACGCGACGGUCGCGGCGCCGGAAGACGAUCGGGAGCGGAUUCGGGACGCCUCUCGAGACCGAAGCCGAACGCGAGACCCGAAGACUUCGGCGGCUCCGAACUCGAGCGAGUGUUCGACGGCCACGAACACCUCGCUGAACGUAAGUUUACCGACCGAGUCCUCCCGCGUCGAGGCUCGCGAGGCCGAGCCGACGAGUCUGCCCUGCUCGUCGAGGAUCACUCGAUCCGCCGGACCGGAGGCGAGGUGCAGCGGUCCGGACUCGCUUCUCAACUUCGGCCUGGGGCUGCAGGCGGCGCUGUCGCCCUCUCACGGCAGAGACGACUACGCGGCGACGAGGGCCCCGAGGGACCGUCAUCUCAGAGAGAAACGGCACAGUUUGACGCCGACCACGCAUUUGCAGGGAGGCCACAACCAGAACAGACAUUCGGCCGAAAUUCUGGCGACUUCCCUGCUCGAUCACACGCCGGAGCGGGACGUCCGGGGCGAGAGGGAGAGAGAGAGAGAGAGGAGACGGCGGCGGUCUCGAAGCGACGAGCGCCCUCUGCCGGCCGCGUACGUCGCGCUGUAUCCGUACAGACCGCAAAAACCCGACGAGAUCGAGUUGAAGAAGGGAGGCGUGUACACGGUCCGCGAGCGCUGUCGCGACGGGUGGUACAAGGGCUGGUGCGAGCGGCUCCAGCGCGCGGGAGUCUUUCCCGGGAAUUACGUGGCGCCCCUCACGCCCGUGGGCAACCGGAUCAAACACGACAAGUCGGCGGUUAUUUCGAGCGGUAAGACGGCGCCUCCGGCGAGCGACGGCGGCAACCCGAGCGCUCCGGCCGCCGCCCCCGCCGCUCCGGCCCCGCCCGACGCCCCGCCCAGAGCCGACAGUCCCCCGGCCGCCGUUCCUCAGCCGUCGACGUAUCCCUGGAGUGCGCCUACCCAGUCGCAGCAGGGCGCUCCCCGAGCCGAUAAAGCGAAGGACAGAGCGAAGUCCGAGAAGUCGUCGAUCUCGAGCGGCGUGAGCCUGAUGAAGCGAUUGGCGGCCAUGAAGAAGUGCAAGUCUCCGCCGCCCGUGGGCUACAGCAUGGACAAUCCGGUGUUCGACGACUCGCCCAACGCGUCUCUGGUGUACGCCGCGCAACACCCCGUGCACGUGCGGUAUGCUCUCACUCUUACGUCCCGUUCUGAGCCGAACUGGCUUGACUCGAUUUGCAUCUGUGGCUGCACAUUUAGUGUUCGCUGA